AUGUCGGCCUUCAGUCGCAACCUGUGCAGUACCGCUUCACGAAACCUUCGAUCACGGUCCAGCGUCGUAACGAGAGCUAUAAGGCCAAUUGCUCUGCGAACUGCUCCCUCGAACCCAAUCACAUCGCGAACAGCAGCUGCAUCGUCCUUCUCCACCAUGGCGUCCCUCAAGAGCUCCGUGCCACAGACGCUGAGCAAGCGCGAGUACGACCCUGAGAUCAAGGACAUGGCCAGCUAUAUCCACAACACCCCAGUCGACUCAGAGCUUGCGUUCGAUACCGCCCGCUGGGUCUUCGUUGACACGCUUGGCUGCGGUCUGGAGGGGCUGCGCUUCGAGCAGUGCAGGAAGAUCCUCGGUCCUGUUGUGGAAGGCACAACCGUCCCCAAUGGCUGCAAGGUACCUGGUACCAACUACCAGAUGGACCCCGUCAACGGUGCCUUCAACAUUGGCGCCAUGAUCCGAUGGCUCGACUUCAACGACUGCUGGCUCGCUGCCGAGUGGGGCCACCCCUCAGACAACCUGGGGGCGAUCCUCGCAACUGCCGACUGGAUCACACGAACAAACAAGGCUGGAGGCAAUCUCGGCAAUGGCAAGAUCUUCAAGGUCAGAGAUGUCCUUGAGGCGAUGAUCAGGGCACACGAGAUCCAGGGCUGCAUGGCUCUAGAGAACUCGUUCAACAAAGUCGGUCUGGACCACGUCAUUCUGGUCAAGCUGGCUUCCACAGCUGUCGUGUCCAAGAUGAUGGGCCUCAGUGAGGCUCAGACACGUGACGCCAUCUCGCAAGCCUUCGUUGAUGGCCAAUCGAUGCGUACCUACAGGCACUCGCCCAACACCAUGUCGCGCAAGUCCUGGGCUGCUGGUGAUGCUUGCCAGACGGCCGUCAACCUCGUGCUGAAGGUUAUGAAGGGCGAGCAGGGUCUUCCCACUGUUCUCUCAGCGCCCACUUGGGGCUUCUACGACGUCAACUUUGGCGGCAAGCCCUUCCAGUUCCAGAGGGGUUAUGGCAGCUAUGUCAUGGAGAACGUUCUCUUCAAGGUCUCUUAUCCGGCUGAGUUCCACUCCCAGACCGCCGUCGAAGCUGCGCAACGCCUCAACAAGAAGUUGGCGGCAAUGGGCAAGAGCGCCAAAGACAUCGAGGGUGUCGUGAACCGUACGCACGAGGCCUGCAUUCGCAUCAUCGAUAAGCAAUUCAAGCCUAUGGAGAACUUUGCUGACCGCGAUCACUGCGUUCAAUACAUGGUCUCCACCAUGUUCGUGUUCAACCGCCUUGAAGCCACUGACUACCCAGAUGAUAGUGAAGCCGCUACAUCGGAACUCGUCGAGUCUCUCCGACAGCGCAUUAGCUGUGUGGAGGACCCGCAAUUCACCAAGGACUACCACGACCCUGAGAAGCGCACCAUAUCCAACGCGCUGACCGUAACACUCAAGGAUGGAACCGUGCUGGAAGAAGAGGUUGUUGAGGCUCCUCUUGGCCACCGGUUGCGACGUGAAGAAGCAAAGCCUGAAAUCCUCGCCAAGUACAAGAGGCAUCUCGGCCCGCACUACCCGUCGCAACACGUUGACAAGCUUGUCGCAUUGGCGCAAGACAGCAAGACGCUCGAUAACAUGGACAUCGACGAAUACGUCGAUCUGUACGUGAAGAACUAG